AUGGAACAAUUCGGUGGCGCCGCCCAGUUCGGGUCAAUGCAGAACGAUGAAAUGGAGGUUGUCAAGGACACUGAGAUGCGCAGAGCCUCUGCGGUCUCGGUCUCAGACGAGAAGCCCGCUGUGAUGGAGCGCGUCUGGGGUUACGCAGCUCGAGUUGACCCCACUGUGACCGUCGAGGAAUACAUGUACUGGGCCAAGAUCGAACGUGAGAUGGAGGCGGAGGAGACCAAGACCUUGCAGGCCGAGAAUGGCAAAUAUCCAUUUCUCAGCUUGAUGAAAUCCCAGAUGUCUGCGGAUGGGAGGGCGCAGCACAAGGCCGAGAAGCAAAAGCGUGCCGACAUGCUGAGGAGCGCCGUCGAAGCCAGCGCAGAUGGCAAGCCUUUCCCAGAGAAGUCGGGCUCCAUCUCGGUCGCGACCCCAGAGCACGACCCGUUGAAGGUGUCCGACGCCGAGUGGCGAACUGCUGCCCGCGCCAUGCGCACCGCAAGCUGGGGUAUGUAUCAAAUCCAUGGGCAAGACCCUACGAUAUCUGAGACACUCGCUAACCCUUCUGCCCUUCUGCUUGCAGGUCAGAUGUUCUUCCUCAUCACCACUGACAUCCUUGGAUGGUCUGGUGCUCCCUUCGUCUUUGCAUCUGUCGGUUAUGGAGCCGGCGUUGCCCUCUAUGUCAUCUUCGGUGCUGCGGCCACCUUCAGCGGUUGGGCUAUCUGGAAAGUGUACAUGGACCUCGACUCAUCCCGCUACCCGAUGCAAAGCUUCGGAGAUCCAUUCUUCCGUAUGAUAUCCACCGAGCUCUAUUACAGACCCUUCGCCUUGCUAACCUUGCCUGCAGGUCUCUUUGGUGCCAAGGCUCGCCACUUUAUUAACGUCGCACAGUCUCUCCAGCAGUUCCUCACUGUUGCGGUCCUGGUUCUCAGCAAAUCGAACAACAUCUCUCAACUUUCGCACAACAGCAUCUGCUAUGUUGCGGUCAUGCUUAUUGUCAUGGGCAUCGGCAUGCUCUCCGGUAUCAUCCGCAGUUUGCAGAAGAUCGGGUGGUUGUCCUACACCGCCGUCUUCAUGAACAUUGCCAACUUCUUGAUCAUUAUGGUUGCUUCCGCCACCGCCCCGCCAGACUACACGGUCGUCACCAACUCGACACUGAUUAAGGGAAUCCACCCCAUUGUGACCUUUGCCGGCCGACCUCCAGCCGACUACCAACAGCAGGCGGUGAACUUCGCCUCUCAAUUUAACGCCGUCAACACCAUGGUCUACGCAUACGCUGGAGCCCUUCUGUUCGUGGCGUUCCUGGCGGAGAUGCGCAACCCAAUGGACUUCUGGAAGGCGUUGUUCUGCGCCCAGGCCUUCAUCUGCAUUGUUUACCUCCUGUUCGGUAUUUUCGUGUACUCUAACUACGGACAAUACUCACCAAGUACCAUUGUCAACGCCAUCCAGCCGUUCAGCUUACAAUCGGUCGGCAACGUCUUCACCAUGUUGACUGGCUUCAUAGCAGUUUUCAUGUACUUCAACAUUGGCAUGAAGACUGUCUACCUUGAGGUCUUCCAGCAAGUUUUCAACUUCCCUCCGAUCACCACCAAGAAGGGCCGCAUCAUGUGGUACAUCCUCGGCCCCAUCUACUGGAUCUUUGCCUUUAUCAUCGCAGCAGCGGUUCCAAACAUCAACGGCAUCGUCAGUCUGAUCGGCGCCCUCUUCAUGAUCAACUUCACCUACUCUUUCCCGGGCAUGCUGUACCUUGGCAAGACCCUCCAGGCGGCCGCCAUCUUGCCCGGCGAGGGUUUCAACCCAGCGAACCGCGUGACCACCAGACACGACACCGGCAUGAAGCGAUGGACGCGCGCGUUCAAGAAGACCUGGAAGAUCAGCGGCCCCCUCGUCAUCUACAUCCUCGCUGGUCUGGCAUGCUGUGGUAUUGGUACCUGGGCUGCGGUUGAGGGUUUGAUUGAGGUGUUCGGACCUAACGGCACCAAAGCAACAUCUUUCGGUUGCGGAGUGCCUCUGUAA